AUGGCGCGUUGUCGCGGCUCUUCUCGAAGAGCGCCCCCUCCGCGAUCACCUAAGAAGCGAGUCACGCGGUCUAUGAAUAGUAUUGAUAAAUCCCAUCAAUACGACACGGACGGUAUGCCUAGCAAGAGGCGUGCCGAUGAAGACGCUGCACCUGAACAGAGCCGCGCAAACAAAGUCCAUAUUGAUUCCGCUUCAACGGCACACGACGCGGCCACACACAAGCAGCUAAGACAAGCUAAGACGGCAGAGAACGAGGCAGACGUCGCAAAGGCAGAGAGGGACCAGAAUGGCGCGCCUGUCACCAAAAGCGUCAGCGUGCAAACCGUAUCCGACUACGAGCAUAAUGUCCGUCUGAACGCAACCAUAUCCCUUCUUGCUGGUACUGGGUCCACAGUCGCAAGGCUUCCACGAACAACAAAGGCUCCGCUGGUCGCGAAGAGACAAGAUGCAAUCACACGUCGCGCCCAUAGCAAACGCGAUGAUCCCAGGAACGGAUACCUGACAGGCGAACCGUCAUGGAAAGACCUUCCUCCGGCUCCUUUUGAAGCGCACGAGAUGCGCCGCGCUGAGAACUACAAGAGAGAGAACGCACGUUUCAAUCAAGUACAUGACCGUGUACUAUCUCGUUCGAUGUCCCAGAACAAGAAGCUGGCUAGUGACUGGGAGAAUUCGAAGUUGGUAUCCGGGCCGACACAGAAGAGCAACGGCCAAACCGGUCGCGAGGCAUCGCGAACGGCAGCGACGGUCGAGAACGCGCGGGACCAGCAGCCUUUGAAAGGAGAAGGUAGAGAGCUAUCUCUUUCGCCAGUGUUUCGUAUCGCAAACCCAAAGCCGGAGUAUGAAUUUGAUCCUUUGGAUCUUGAUGCAAGCAGGGUUUGGCCUAUUGGUGAUUCUGUUCCCUCUCGACACCGACCGCCUGCUGAUUACUCAUUCCUAGACUUCCCUGAGCCCCGCGUAGGUAGUUCUCCCCUUCCUCAUGUCCCCUUCCCUGAGCCACUCUUGCCCGCCAACAAGCCGCAGAGUGAGCGUACUCGCACGCCGCGUGACCUGGAGGGCGAGAGGCCUCAGACUCUCCGUGAGCGUUAUCUGUCUCGCCAUAAUCAUUUCGCAAGCAACAAGGAGGCGGAAAUGACUCAGAAGCAAAUGGAAGCCUAUGUGGAUUUCGAUGCGAAGCUUUGA